AGAAGAAACUAGAAAGGAGAGGAAGUGAGUCUUUAUUUUGCAUUUUUAUGGAAGUAAGUCAGCUCUUUUCUUCCACUUGUUGCAGAAAGAACCCACCUCGACGUUGUGAAUAGGAAUCCACUUUCUCUUCUCUACUCCAUAUUAUUUUACUCUUCAUCGCCGUCUGUUUGUUUGCCUUGGAAGGAAAGAAACGGUGGUUUCCACUCAACCUUGUCAAGGCUCCUUGAAGCCUCCCUACGUGUAUUUGUUAAUCUGCAAGUCGUUAUGUUUUGCAAUGCCACCAUCUCAGAAAGUAGCUAAGGCCUGCAAGGCAAUGAAACCUUAUGGCUUUCCUAAUUGGAAAGUGAAGGCAGCAUUAAAGGAACUUCUACCAUUGUAUGAUAAUCAAUGGGAGCUUAUUGAAGAUGAUAACUAUAAAGUUCUAUUCGAUCGUAUGGUUGGAGAGCCAAAGGCAGAUGAGAGAAUGGAGCCUGAGAAGAAUGAAGCUUCAUCAUCAUGUAGAGCGAAGAGAGGAAGAUCCAAGAAGACAGAAGCUUCAUUGCCUUUAGAGCCUCAAGAUUCUGAACCUUUGUCAAAAAGAUUGCGCCCGAGAUACAAGAAAGAAAAUUCUUCAGUGUCUAUAAGUGAAUCUACAAGGAUUAGUAAAACAGCACGAAGAAGCAGACGGCAGAACAGAAUCGAACCAAUGCCAGGCUCUAAGACAAGUUCAGAGACUGAAGAUUGUGAACCCCUAGUGAAAAAACCUCGCAGAAGGCAACAACAAGAGCAGGUUUCAAAUGCUGUGGAUAAGUCUGACCUGAUUUUGACUGAAACAUCAGUGGUAGUGUUGGAAGGGAAAGAGAAUCUGCUACCUUUUGGAUAUCAAGAACCAUUUAUGGAAUAUCUCCCAAGGCAUCAGAUGGAGCAAUCUUUGGUUCUUGUGAAGGCCCCUGACCCACUCUUUGUAGAAAUCCAGCUAAGAAGGGAUGCCCAGUUUUCUCACUCUUGUUUUGAAGAAGAAAUACUUCACUCCACUAAGUUGUACCUUGGGGGUGUUGAAACUGAGUCAAAUCCUGUUCUACAAGUGGAGCAUGCAGAAAACUCAGAGGCACCUAAAUCAAAGUCUGAACUGAUUCAAGAGAAAGGAAAAGCAACAGGGAUGCCUCAAGUUGAUGCUAAGGAGGUGACAUUAUCUUCUGAUGAGGGAAAUGAUCUCUUGUGCUUUGCAGAACCACAAGUUGUGAUCAACAAGGAGCUUUGCCCUUCUGAUAAUGUCCAUGAGUUACGCAAGAAUUAUUCCAAGCAUCUGAUCACUGAUGAGCCAUCAAUUGGCAGCAUACUGGAGGAUGAGGUCCCUCUUGAUGUUAUCAAUCUUGGUAAACAUUUACUUUUAAAAGCUCCUUCAUCACUGUUAUGUGGUGAUUAUUCUUCAAAUGGAAACAGUUACAACGAAAAGAAGGAUGACCUCAAAAUCCCAGAAUCAAGAUCUCCAAAUGGUGCUGAAAAAGAUGAAGUCUUGGGUUUGUCUCAACUAGAUAUUGUUUCAUCUCCUGGAGGGGAGGUGAAGCUUUUCUUCAUUUGUAAAUCUUCCAAACAACCUGGUUUCUGCAUACCAAGUUUAGACAUGGUUGUAGGAUCAUUGGAAGAAAGAUAUCAGAAAUUAUAUGGACUAGUGACACCUAAUUUUUCUGUUAUGGAGGUUAUGAGAGACAUAUGUCAAAGCUUUUUGGAAAUAGCAACCACUCCUACUGCUGAACGUGUGAGUUCCAUGAAUGAAUCGUCAAUAUUUGAUGCUUCUAAGAAAUUGAAUGUGCAAAAUAUUCAGAGUGAUGAACAUACUGGAGGCUCUUCUUCCCGUCCUCCAAAGCAUUCAUGUGGAUCGAUCAAAUUUCAGAAUCUCAUUAAGGUGAGACCCAAAAUCGGCAGAGGCAUAACUGUUAGUGGGUUUGGAAGCCUUCACCAUCUUGCUAGUUUUGAGAACAGAGCUAGCGGGUGCAAUUUAAAAUCAAGCAGUGGUGAAGCUGUUCAGAAGCACACUUCAUCUCCAGUUAUUUUAACGCCCUAUGAUUAUAUUGAUGAUAUAACCAGAGGCAAAGAAAAAGUGAAGAUUUCUUUGUUAAAUGGAAGCAAUGCUGAAAAAUCUUUAGCCUUUUUAUACAUUUCACAGAACAUGGUUUAUAAAGGAGCACGUGUUAAGUUUACAAUGGAUUGUAUUUCUGAAGGAGAUUGUUGUUCACAUUGCUCCAAGGAUUGCCUAUCAUUUUCCAUGCCAUGUGAAUGUGCUGGACAAACUGAGGGUGAGUUUGCUUAUGCACCAGGGGGAUUGCUUAAGGAAAGCUUUCUGGAAGACUGUAUCACCUUGAAUCAGGCCUCUGAAAGAUGCCAUUACUUUUUCUGUAAAGAUUGCCCACUUGAGAGGUCUAAUGGGGGAAACCAGUGUGAGUUGUGUGAAGGUCAUUUAAUGAGAAAAUUCAUAAAGGAGUGUUGGUCUAAGUGUGGGUGCAGUAAUACAUGUGGGAAUCGUGUUGUUCAGCAAGGCAUUUCUGUGGCAUUGCAGGUGUUUCAAGCACUUGAAGGAAAAGGAUGGGGUGUUCGGACACUGGAAGACUUGCCAAAAGGUGCUUUUGUUUGUGAAUAUGCUGGAGAAGUAGUCACCUGCUCCGAGCUAGACGAGAGGAAUAAGCAAAGCACUAGUAGCAAGAAGAAUAUGUACUCAGUGCUGCUUGAUGCAGGUUGGGGUAAAGAAGGUAUCUUGAAGGAUGAAGAGGCCCUUUGUUUGGAUGCUACUCGUUAUGGAAAUGUUGCACGAUUUAUCAACCACAGAUGCUCUGAUGCCAAUUUAAUUGAAGUCCCUGUCAAGGUGGAAAUCCCAAAUCAUCACUACUAUCAUCUUGCCCUUUUCACAACCCGAAAAGUUGCUGCCAUGGAAGAACUGACUUGGGAUUACGGCAUCAACUUUGAAGGUCCUGAAAAACCUUUCAAAUGUCAAUGUGGGAGCUUGAUGUGUCGUGAUUCAAAUUAGAGAGUAUUAUCUCUUUACAGUUUGUACCUGAGACAGCAUCACAUGUUACUUGCCUCUGCUAAUUGAACUACCUAAUGUACGUUGAUGUAUAUUUUGCACGCUGUCAGCCAACUACA